AUGGCCGCCACAGUACCACAGCUGCGAAAAGAUCCCGAGGCGCCUCCAAUCGCACCGCGGCUAAACGAGCACCAGUUGAACGUCGAUGACCCUACCGUCCCAUUCCUUUCCCGUGACGACCCCGCUGACGUCAUCUUGACCCCGUCCGACGUCGUCUCCUCACCUCCUGACGUCAUCCUAUCGCUUCCCAACGACGAAGAACCUGUCGCUUUUUCGUCGCAGGCUCCUCCAGGCGACGAUCUGCCGUCGCACGAGGAGGCUUCGCAAGGCGACAUCGCCGUGUCGCCGAGCGACGAUCUCCUGUCGCCCGCGCUGCCAUCAUUCCAUCCGGAGGCCUUCCCCGCUCUCCUUCCGCAUAGCUCUGCGCCCGUAUUCCCUCAUGUUCCGCCAUCCCUCGCUCCACCUUUCUCCCCAGAUUCGUCGGGCCCGCAGCACGCGGAGCCCGCCGUUCUUCCGCGGACUCCUCCGCGCGCUGGACCUGCCUCCCCGUCCCCGCAAGUUUCCCCCUCUCCCUACGUUCCGCGCGGCUAUCUCCCGCUCUCCCCAAACGUCUCCGUGCCGUACGUACCGGCGUCCCCGGGAGUAUCAUCAGAUAGUUUCGACCAAUGGCGGUUCAUGGGCAGCCCGGGAAAAACGACAACGGGCAGUCCAGAAAAAGCAGCGACGGGCAGCCCGAAGAAAUUACUCACUAGCAACCUACCUGGUCCCGCAACGGGCAGUCCGCAAAGAUCUCUUUUUUGCGGCUUCAAGAAACUGCGCGGAAGCAGUCCCACCCGUGCAGCAGGCGAUGUGAAUGGGGCUAACGGCAAAAGGGGGGGCGUGGAAAGCGGAGGUGGAUGUAACGUGAGUGACGAGAUUGGGAGUGGGGGAGGAACGAAAGAGGGAAGAGGAAAGAGGAGACGAGGGGGUGUGGCGGAAAGGGGAGGAGAAGGGGCAGAUGGCGGAGAGGAGAACGUUGUAUUGGGCAAGGGAAUAAAAAGAGAACCAAGGAGGGAAAUCGGAAGGGAGAAGUGGUUGAGGAGCAAAGGGGAAGGGGGAGAAAAUGGGGAAGGAAGACCGAAGGGGGAAGGGGCAACGGAGGGGGGGAGGGGGAGCGGAGAGGGAAGGGGAAUGGGCUGUGGGUUGGAGCAGAGGGAACGAGGGUUGAGAGACAACGAGGGGCUGAAGGGUGUGGAGUGUGUAAGGAGGAUGGAGAGGAGAGGGGGAAAGCCUGUGAUUGGUCGAUGCACAACAGCAGGAAUGGGGGAAGAUGGAGAGAGGGAGGAGAGGGAGGAUGGAACUAGGGAAAAUUGUGAAGAGAGGAGAGAGGAGGGGAGGGAGAAAGGGACUGCUGCUGUUGUAAGAGGCGGAGAGGGAGGGGGGGAGGUGGCUGAGUCAGAAGGGUGGUGUGCCACGUCAUCAACGUCAUCCGUGCUUGUGGGUGGGGAGGAGUGUUGUGAAGGAGAGGAGUGUGAGGGACAUGCAGAAGCAGAGGAGAUGCGAGAAAGGGACAGCAAAGGUCGGGUGGAAGGGAAGAGUGAGGACGGAGAGUAUGGUCGUGAGGGGAGUGCAGAGGAGGAGGGGCAGCGAGAGGCGGUGGGGCAAGGAUGUAGGGGAGGAGAGAAGAAGGGGAGAGAGGGUAGGAGUGCUGCUGGCAGCAGCAGAAAGAGGAGGAGCAGAGGGAUGAGGGAGAGCAGAGGAAUGAGGGAGAUCAGAGGGUGCAGAGCAGAGGAGGCCGGCGCAGCAGAUGUAGGGAUCAAGCAAGAAGCAGAUGUAGGGAUCAAGCAAGAAGGAGAUGUAGGGAUCAAGCAAGAAGGAGAUGUAGGGAUCAAGCAAGGAGAUGUAGGGAUCAAGCAAGAAGGAGAUGGCGUGGCUUCACAAGGGCAGAACGCUGCAGUGGCAGCAGCGCAAGCAGGCCGACUGAUGGGGCCGCAUGGGGUGGCUUCACAAGGGCCGGAGGACGAAGGUGCAGUGACAACAGUGCAAGCAGGCCGGGUGGCGGGGACUGAUGGUGUGGUAGCGUCAACUGGGGCAUGGGUGCCGCCUGUGUCUCCCUUCGGCCUCAUUCAGGAGCGCCUGUAUCGUGACCCUUGGAGACUGCUGGUUGCCUGCAUGCUGCUAAACAAGACGGCUGGCAGGCAGCUCCGCCCAGUCAUUUGGAACCUAUCCCGCCACAUCCCCUUGACUGGUUCGACCAUUGCUGCACCCAUUCCUCUGAUUGCGCCAGUCCCUCUUGAUCCCUCACCUUUCCAUCUCUCGCUUCCUCCCCUCUCCCUACACCUCCCCCACCCCCCUUCCUCUUCCCCGCCCUCAUCCCUCGGCCAAACCUCCACUGCAGCUCCAUACAGCCCUGUUGCGAACCCCCUUCCUCUUGCUGCACUCCCACCGAGCCAUCUGGAAUUGGGCUCACUCUCGCAGUUGGCCUCAUCUGCUAGCCUAUACCCACUAGAGCUUCUCUCUUGGUCCCUCAACAUCUGCUCUCCUCCUUCCGCCCCCUCCCCUACCUCGUCCUUCCUGCCCCCGUUCUUCAACCCCACUGCAGCUCCUUUAAUGAUUUGGGACCUCUUCCGCCUCAUCCCCACUCCAAAGGCAGCCAUCGCAGCAUCGACGGCUGAGAUCGCGCGCACCAUCCAGUCCCUUGGGCUGCACAACAAGCGCGCCGCCAUGAUCCAACGGUUCUCAGAGGAGUUCCUGAGGGGCGAUUGGACGGACGUGAGGCAGCUGCACGGCAUUGGCAAUUACGCAGCGGACGCCCAUGCGAUAUUCUGUGAGGGCAGGUGGAGAGAGGUGAGGCCGGACGAUCACAUGCUGAAUAAGCCCUGUGCCUGUCUGUGCUCUCGCAACACAUCCCUCCCUCCCCAUCCAUUUCUUCACCAUACCAGGUAUGCAGCGGACGCGCAUGCGAUAUUCUGUGAGGGCAGGUGGAGGGAGGUGAGACCGGAAGAUCACAUGCUGAACAAGUACUGGGACUGGCUCAAACGCACCGACGGGCUUGGCCUUGCCUUCACCGACAACUGA